UUUGAUCACCUCGAGCAGCUUGAAUUUCCCCGGCCUAGCCACCUUGUGUCGCCCCGUUCAGAUCGUCCCCUUUCACGCCCAUCAUGUCCAUGUCUACUCAGGUCGCUGCCCGCUGCUGCAGACAGAUUGUCCGCCCUACCACCUCCCUGCGCCUUUCCUCCGCUUCAUACCUGUCCAGCAGCCGGAGAUGGCAAUCCACGGAGUCCGCCGCUCCUGCCAAUCCCAAGAUCACCCAGAUUGUUGAUCAGAUCAGCCAAUUGAACCUUUUGGAGACUGCCGACUUGGUUGCUAGCCUGAAGUCUCGCCUCAACAUCCCCGAUCUCCCUGUUGGCGGCUUUGCCAUGGCCGCUGCUCCCGCUGCUCCCGCCGCUGCUGAGGAAGAGGAGGCCCCGGUUCAGCAGGAGAAGACCCUCUUUAACCUGAAGCUUGAGUCCAUCGAUGCCGCGUCCAAGGCCAAGAUUAUCAAGGAGAUCAAGAACAUGCUCGGUCUGUCCUUGGUUGACAGCAAGAAGUUCGUCGAGUCGGCGCCCAAGGUCCUGAAGGAGUCUGUCCCCAAGGAGGAGGCCGAGAAGAUCAUUGAGACUCUCAAGGCAGUCGGUGCCAAGGUCACCAUGGACUAAGCGGAUUGUCAUCCGACUGUCUGGGGGGACUUUCCUUUGUAAUGCUACUCGGUCCAUUUGGGUCGCCCUGUGACUAUCAAUGUUUUGGAUGAGUGAUAGGGAAACCUGGAUGGCCCGGACGUUGUGAUUGGGCUGCAUCAUCGAGCUGGAGUUUUUAUCUCGCACCACCCUUUUGUAUUGUGUUCUUUUAUAUCACCCUUUUCUUUAUCAUCUUUUUUUCUCCGACCUCUAUCUCUUGAGAUCUUUUUCUGGUAUACACGGAAAGCGGGGAAAAGGCGGCGAAUGUACAUUAUCAUCUCUCUUGAAUGGACAAUGUGGAAUCAACAAGGGGGAAACUAACUCCUGAGUCUGUUG